CCUCGUUGGCGGAGCCGCGCUUCUCCCUCGGCGCCGGGAUGUCGGCGCAGGACGAGGCCCCGGAGCCCAAGGGCAUCUCGGUCAGCGACGUGCAGCUGCUGCUGCGGAAGAAAGACGAGCUGGAGGCCCAGAUCCGAGCCUAUUACGGAGUCCUGGAGGACCAAAAAGGUGUCGGGAUGAACGAACCACUUGUGGAUGUUGAAGGCUAUCCACGUGCUGAUGUGGAUGUCUAUCAAGUCCGGACGGCAAGGCACAACAUCAUCUGUUUGCAGAAUGAUCACAAAGCCUUGAUGCACCAGGUGGAACAGGCUCUGCACCAGCUCCACGCCCGGGAGAAGGAGAAGCGCGAAAAGGACGAGGCGGAAGCGCGAGCCGAAGCCAGGAGCCAGAGUCAGGUGUUGCCCCAGCCUUUUGCCAGGGUGAAUGCUGUCACGCAGGGGUCUCCAGCGAGCUUCUCGGGGUUGCAAGUUGACGACGAGAUCGUCGAGUUUGGCUCCGUCAACACUCACAACUUUCAGUCGCUGCAGAAUAUCGCCACUGUGGUCCAGCACAGUGAAGGGCAACCGCUAAGUGUGACCGUGAUCCGCAAUGGUGAGAAGCUUCAUCUGGGGCUCACCCCGAAACGCUGGAGUGGAAAAGGGCUUCUGGGUUGCAAUAUAGUCCCUCUGCAAAGAUGAUGUUUUUCAGUGAGAAAGCUCCAAAGUACUUGAUGGCAUCUCAACCUGGGUUUGAGCCCCUUAACAUCUACCCGAAGAAGCCAGGAUGUGGAAAGACAAGCGCUGAGGCUUUGGUGUUGGCUGUCAAAAGGGGUUUGAAUCUGACACACAGAUGCUGUUUUGAAAGAGUUUAAAGGAUUUAAAGGAUUAGUUAGUCCUUUUACGGUGUUUGCCCCUGUUGUAAAUAAAAGUUGGAAAGGGGAGCUUGUGGCUUUCUUACAGAAUUGGAUGACUUAAUUCUGUGACAUGUUGGUUUGUUUGGGAAUUUGCCAAUAAAAGUUUUACACCAGUA